AUGCCCCGCAACUCUCGACCAGACCAGCGGCGGUCUUUGAACGUAUUUGACCGCAUAUUGGACACCAUAUUACGAGACUCGGGCUCGUCCAACUCGAGGAGAGCCCAGCGCAGAAGGGAAAGAGCACAAAAAGAGCAGCAAACCGACUCGGCUCCGCUCGACGGUGACACCCAAGAGCAAACGAUGACGGACGCUCUUGAAGAACCGGAAGUCACGGAGCGGGAAAACGUUGGUAUGGAAAGCACUGGAGUGGAAUCUGCGGCGUCAGUGGAACAAUCCGAAGCACUGGAAGACACAAGUUCGUCUCUGGAAAGACCGAGUGGAUACAUAGAAAUACCGCAUUCAUCAGGGUCCAGCGGUGCCAGUGCUUACACUGCUCAAGAAACAACCAACGACUCUGAACCUUCGGUUCCAUCAAACUCGCAGCAUGAAUCUGAAUCCCAAGACUCCCAAGAUGCUCCUCCGACAACCCAGUCGAACCCUCCGCACAGACACUUCCAUUUCUUUCCCAUUCCUCGUUCUCUGGACGGAUCCUCCAACGAUGGAGAUUCUAGUGGCACCAUACUCAUCACCGUCAACUAUGUGUUUUCAGACAACAAUAAUCCACAGAACCCUAAUAGACUGGGUUCGUUAGUAAUGACAUUUCCUGACAAUGCGUCCAACAGACAACCCCGAAUCAUGCAAGAACUUGUUAGGUAUGCUACGCUGAUGGCAUACCGAACUAUUGUGAGCGGACUUCAUAAAAAGGUUGGAACAACCGUGGAAAAGUUCAAUUCGUUCCCAAUCAAACAUCAAGACGAGGGAAGCGUAUGCUCCAUUUGUUUCGAAGAAUACGAGAGCGCUAGCGAAGGGGAAGAAAAUAGAGAAGAGGGACAUUGCAAGAGACGUCGUCUCAAUUCACCAGAUCCUUUAUCUGGAGAUGAUGUCAACUACCAGGCUUCGCCAAAUAUCGAUGCUCCACUGCUCCCUCAGUCACCACUGCCACCCGUAGACACCACUGAAGAAACAUCUUCUCGUGCUCCGAAAUACUUGUCCGACGACACCACCGUUUACAAACAUCUUCCUGCGGAGUUGCCCUGUGGCCAUGUUUUCGGUAGAUCGUGUCUUAACGAAUGGCUCAAAACGAAUACCACUUGUCCUUUGUGCAGACAAAAGGUCGAAGAGGACACGGCGCCAGCCACCAUUAGCCCAGCAAACUCACCCAAUGGAGGUACAACUCCAAUAGUGUUUCUCAAUGGAGGGCGUGCUCUUAACUCGUCUUUGGACUCGCUUCAGAACUCUCAAGACAAUACCAAUCCUGGCCGCGAGGGAGGAGUUCUCUCCAAUAUUUUAUCAUAUCUCCGUGGACCACGAGAGUCUUUGUUUCCUCAAGGAGUCUCCAGUAGAAGGACGGAAACAGGCGUGGAGACGACAAGUGAUGUUGUUGACUAUAUGAAUUUGGGAGACCUUACCAGGCAAGCUGAACAGAACCAAAAUGAAGAAAACGAGCAAGAGAAUGAACAAGAGGAGGGACAUACAGAGGAGGGACAUACAGAGGAGAGACAUACGGAGGAGAGACAUGCGGAGGAGUAG